AUGAAACGAUUGCAAAUAGAGGCAUCCCUUCCAGAAGCUGAUCAUUCUCUCAACGAACAACAACCACAAUCCAGCACUGGAUUAAUAAUUUCUUCAUCAUCAUCGGAUCCUUUACAGAAAAAGAUUAAACUUCAAACAAUUGUAGAAAACCAUCAAGAUGAUGCACUCUCCCAAUCCCGUGAGAACCCGACUCGAAUUUGUUCAUCUUCUCUUGCCAAGUUAUCGUUUGAUGAAAUUGAGUUGAUUUUGGAAUAUUUAUUGAUUGGAGAACUAUUAAUGAUGAGCCUUUGUUCGAAAUGGUGGUAUCAAUCGGUUUGUGGUCUUGUCAAGGAAAAAUUCUGUAAAUAUUAUAUUCAUGAUGAUGAUGAUGAUUGGGUACUUACGAAAGCCUUGAGAAGUGCCAAAUCUCUUUCCAUAUCGUAUGCAAAUAUUGACCAAGUGAGAACAGUUGUUGAUGAAAUUGUAGAACAUGGAGACUCUCUCAAUAAUUUUUCGAAACGAUUGGUGUUUGAUUCGAUAGAUCCUACAGAUAUUUAUGAAAUUUUGAGUGCCCGUAUAGUGAAGCAAGAGUCAGCAACAACAACAAUAGUUAAAACAGCUGUUUUGGGAGCUGUAGCUGAUUUAGAAAAGAGAAGUCUUACGGAUGGAGAAAGUGACGAAAGUCAUGAUCAAGUUGCAUUUAAACAAGUAGAAAUUAAGGAAAUUCCGAUUGGUUUCGGUCUCAAAGAAUUGUCACUUAACGACAUAUCGCUCAGUAGAAUAGAUUUGUAUAGAAUCUUAUCAAAAUGUUGUGCACUUGAAAAGUUAGAUCUGGAUGGUCUUCAACUAGCUUAUUAUCAACCCUUUGCCAGUGGCAAAGGCCGUGGAGGAAAAGGUUUACGUAGAGGAAAAUCUACUAAAAUUGAAGAGGACAAUGAUGAAUUUUUUAAUGGUCACGAAGGACAAGUAUAUGUUCCAGUAUUUGGAUCUCUCAAAUCUUUGACCUCAAAUGCAAUAUUUGACUAUAAUGCAGGGGAGAAAUUUAUGGUCGACAUUUUGAAACUAUGUCCUAACUUGGAGGAGCUACACUACAUUUAUCAAUCUCCUGUAGAUGAUUCAUUCUUGAGACAUCUUUCCAAAAUGUGUCCAAAACUCAAGAAAUUUGUUAGUGAAGGUUAUGAUGGAGCAACACCGAUUGAAAUAGAGGUCACCGAUGAAGGCCUUUAUGAAUUGAUGAAAGCACUUCCCCAAUUGGAACAUAUUCAUUUAAACCCAUGCUGCAACAUGUCAGGAGAAAUUUUUAAAAAACUUGGUGAAUUCUCUCAAUUGAAACAUUUUCAUGUCAACAGAACUAGUUACAAUAACGGCUUGGUGGAUAUGACAUCUGACAUUCAUUUUGGAGGAGGAGUUCUUUCCAAACUCGAAUAUAUCGAUGUUGGAGGUUGCUAUGAUUUUGAAACACUUGAAGAAUUUGAGAAAUUCAUCACAAGUCUGCGAUCUGUUGCUCCUCAUUUGAAAAAUUUUGGAGAGCUAAUGUUUUGCGAAAGCAGGAGAGAUUCCUCAGGAUCAAUUAUCGAUAAGAAAAAACUGGUAGAACUCUUCUCUGAAACGAUCGCUCAUUUAGAUGUUGACCGUGCGGCAACAGACUUGGCAUCUAUUUUGCCCAAAAAUCUUACUUCAUUAAGCAUGGAACUCACCCAAGAAUUUGUCAACAAGAAUGUUGUGACACAAUUACAACCAAACUAUGGCCUUAAAAAGUUAACCCUUCAUCUGUACAAUGACAAACCAGAAAUGGGUUCAGUUAUUGAAACAUUGGCUGUAAAAAUUUAUCCAUGUGUGACACAUCUUCGAUUAUAUAACAUAUGUUUCGGAGAUAACUAUGAUGUUUUGGAGAAGAUUUUAAGCAAUCCCAAUGCAUGGCCCAAUUUGAGAUUUAUGGAUGGUGUAUCGAAUGUGAAAGAAAUUUUAACAAUUAGACCAAAUAUUCGAUUGAAUCUGGAAGAUGCUACAGAUAUCUUGAAUGAAAAUUGUUGUAGCGACGAUGAACGUUCUGCUUUCUAUUAUAAAUGGUUGAUCGCUGAUCAACCUUUUGAUUCUUGGUAA